UCAGAUUUUCGUGUUUCUGCUUUCCGUCAAAGGAGCUCGAACAGAUGGCGAAGGAGCAAGAUAAAGAGUCGGAGAAACAAGCCUUGCUGCGGGAAGUGGAAAACCAUAAGAAACAAAUGCUCAGCAAUCAGACAGCUUGGAGAAAGGCAAAUCUAGCUUGCAAAAUUGCUAUUGACAACUCUGAGAAAGAUCAACUGCUGCAGGGAAGAGACUCCUUAAGACAAAGGAAGACUACAAAGGAAAGUCUGGCAGAGAGUGCGGGUAACAUCACGGAGAGUCUGAUGGGCAUUAGCAGGAUGAUGUCACAGCAAGUCCAGCAGAGUGAGGAGACCGUGCAAACCCUAGUGAAACUUUUCUGUACAAGGAUGAAGUUGCUGUCCCGUCCUCAGAACCUCUGGUGGCACUCCCUCGUUUUGAUACAUAGUGAGAUAAGUGCUGGUGGAAUGUGCUGGAUGUGAACAGACCGGUCACAGGCGAGGUGCUGCUGCAGCGUGAGCAGUUCCAACCUUCUCCUUUUGAGUCUCCUCCUCCUCAUGUUCCUCAGACUUUUUUCUGAAGAACCCUGUUUGGGGCUAUCUGUUGCCCAUUCAGGCUCUCUUCCCUCCACUGAAACUGGUAAAAGGCUCUCCAGUUAUUUCUGAUUAAAGUCCUGGGGUUUUGACCA